AAUUUUCUCAAUUCAGUGUCUGUUUAUCCUGCUGCCGCCGCCGCUGCCGCCAUGGGAGAUGUUGAUCCAGCUUUCGUUCAACCUGCCGAGCACAGACCCAAACCCGAAACCGUCGAAGUUGAAGAAAUCCCGGUAAUUGAUCUUUCCGAUUCCGGAGAACUCUUAUCGGAGAUUGGAAACGCGUGCAGGAACUGGGGGUUUUUCCAGGUUAUUAAUCAUGGGGUGCCGUCAGAACUGCGCAGAAGGGUGGAAAAGGUAGCGAAAACAUUUUUCGAUUUGCCGAUAGAGGAGAAGAAGAAGGUACAGCGAGACGCAGAGCAUCCGAUGGGGUACCAUGACAGGGAGCACACCAAGAACGUUAGGGAUUGGAAAGAAAUUUUCGAUUUCUUCCUGCAAGAUCCGACGGUGGUCCCAGCUUCGCAUGAGCCUGAUGAUCGGGAAUUGAGAACUCUUACAAACCAGUGGCCGGAGUACCCUCCGGAACUCAGGGAGGUAUGUGAGGAGUAUGCUAGAGAGGUAGAAAGACUGGCUUUCAGGCUAUUGGAACUCAUCUCCCUGAGCUUAGGCUUGCCAGCAGAUCGGCUGAAUGGUUACUUCAAGGAGCAAACCAGCAUUCUGAGGUUUAACUACUACCCUCCUUGCCCUUACCCUGAGCUAGCACUGGGAGUUGGCCCACACAAGGAUGGUGGUGCCCUAACUGUCCUUUCUCAGGAUGAUGUUGGAGGAUUGCAGGUGAAAAGCAAAGACGGAGAGUGGAUUCCAGUGAAACCACUCCCAGAUGCCCUCAUCAUCAAUCUUGGCAACAAUAUGCAGGUUUGGACUAAUGAUGCAUAUGUGAGUGUGGAUCAUAGGGUUGUGGUGAACACAAAAAGGGAAAGGUUUUCUAUUCCAUUCUUCUUUUUCCCUGGCCACCAUGCCAUGAUUAAGCCUUUGGAGGAGCUGGUGAACGAGCAGAACCCAGCCAAUUACACAGAAUUCAACUGGGGGAAGUUUUUUGUUGCUAGAAACCGGAGUGAUUAUAGUAAGCAAGACGUUGAAAACAUUCAAAUUGAUCAUUUUAAGAAAUCUGAGUGACAAUAUUAUAGAGUGAAACUAUUGUACUUGUAAUUAAGUUGCAACUUUAAAGUGUGCAAUAAGGAUAUAUGGAUGGUCUGCGUUUUGAUCUUCUGUACUUAUAGUUCCUUUUUCUAAGUAAAUACCUAUGCCUAAC